CUUGUUUAUUGUCAGCGCUGUUAGAAAGCAGCUGCUCAAACGCGCCUGCAAGAUUCCUACAUCUUCGAUUUAUUCGACAAAAAGUAAUGCCACAAGUUGUAGAAGUGUUUCAUUUUCUAAGGAAGAAGCAGACCCUGAGAAAAAUAGGAGGGAGAGAUCGAGAGGAGGAGUCAGUUCCCUCAUUACGUCAUUUAUUGUGUGUUAGGAACAGAUUUAUUGCCCACUGGAGACUGACUCACUGUUAGGUUGUAUAUAUAUGAGAGUGUGUGUUGGGUUCGGCCUGUUGGAGAAAGAGAGCCCGCUGAAAGAAAGAAGAGAAUUUAUUCCAGGCCAUCUUCAGCUACUCAACAAUCAUGUCUCAACCUAAUCAGGAAGAUGAGCAAAUGCAGCGUCCUGAAGUGAGAGAAGAAGACCUGACUGAAGCAAAGAACAAGCUGGGUGCUGCCGGGCCUCCCAAGAGCAAGACAAUGGAAGUAAUGGAGGAGUGCGAGAAAAUGGGUAAAGUUGCGCCCUCUGUGUUCAGCAGAGCGAGGUCAGGAGCAGAGACUGCUUUCAACACUCGCUCAGGCCAGCCAAUCAGGAAAUAGGAGAAAACCUGACCGUGGCUGAAUCACACCUGCUCCAUGUUCAUGUGUUUGGAGCAGCUGUUUUCUUGUCUUACUUCAACCCAAGGAAAAUCUUGUUUAAAGCCAUUUUUUUCUGUAUUUUGUUAUGACAAAAUUUUACACUAGAUUUAUAUUGAUAGUUCCUUGAAUUUUAAGAAAGAUGCCUAACUGAUGAACUCAGUUUCAGUGUUUAAAACAGAUAUCUGUUGAUCUGUCUGAUACGACUUUUUGUUACACCGGAAGUUUCAGAGUGGGAGUAUAAAGUAGUGAAUGCAGUACACUUCAGAAAAAGCUUAAUGAUAAUAAUAAUGAUCAUAAUAAUAAUAAUAAUAAUAAUAAUGAACAGAAAGACAGAUUUAUUCAGCAAUGAUGAAAUUACUUUGCAAUAAAAUCUCUUGAAAUGA